UGUGCAGGCAACAGUCGCUGAUUGAGAGAGUGCACUAGUGCUGCGCAGUGUUUGGGGCCGACCCAAACUCAUCUGAGCUAACUAGGCCUUGCCUUUGGACGUUGUUUUGUCAUUGCUCAAAUAGUUAAUACACGACGAAUCUGUUGUGUUGUUUUUUGUACAAUUCGGUCGAAGGAUUGUCAGAGCUGUGGUGCAGUGUUUUGCUUGAGUAACGGUGAAUGUGGUGAUGGUGUGAGAGGUCCGAGAUCUAUGUCCCACCAGUGACGUGUGAAGCCGUGAAUUCUUCAUCAAAAUGUGGAGCCCGACACACGUCCAAGUGACAGUACAAAAAGCUCGUGGACUUCUCAUUAAAGGGAAAAAUGGUUUCAAUGAUGCCUUUGUAACAAUUGCUUUGGGUAAAGAAAAAUACCAGACGUCUGUGAAGGAAAAGGCACCUGCUAAUAUUGAAUGGCAUGAAGAAUGUGAAUUGGAGAUCCCCAAACAUGGCAACACUGCAGAGAUCACCCUCACAGCUCUACAUCGCAAUUUUUUGGGAGUGGAUGAAUUUUUAGGAACUGUCAGCAUACCUUUAUCUGAGUUUGAUGUCUACGAAAGACCCCGUAAUAGAUGGUAUACACUUCGGGGCAAACCUGGCAAAGAGAAGGGAAAGGAUAAGCAACGUGGUGAACUUGAAGUCAAGGUGGGAUUCAUAGUGAAGGCUGGCUCCCUAACUGACCUAAGUAAGAAAGAAAAACACAAAUCUUCAUUGGGCCAGUUGUCGCAUAUGGCACAGUCUGUUGGUGGAAGUCUUCUGAGCAUUGGGAGUCUGGAAAAGAAGAAGGGAUUGAAAAAGCUUGCAAAGUCUAUUGGAGCCAGAGUAGGCAGAGGAUCAAAGAAACACAUAAGUGAAGAAGUUUUACCUGAAGGGUCUGUUUAUCAGUCUUCUGGUCAAAGAAUUGGUGAUGCUGAUCCAGGAGUCAUAAGUGAGGGUGAAAGUGAUGAUGAAUUCAGGUUUGAUGAACUAUCUCACAAGAGUUCUGGCAGCUCUCUUAAUAUUCAUGGAUCUAGUGGAGCACAGCAUACUCCUGUAUCAGGUUCAAUGGAAAAUCUAGCUGGCGGAGAGUUCCUAAGGCGGUCAGCUUCUGGAGUGUCCAACUCAUCCCUAGGCCGGAAUACUUUAGGGCCUCCAUCUAAGCCACCUCGUACUCUUCUUCCCAACCCUUCUCCAGUGACAGUGACUCCACCAGCUGAUGAAUGGGAACAAAAAUUGUAUGGUGGACGCAAAGAUGUUCCAAGUGCAGAUACGCUAAAACGUCGCUCUUGGGAGAGUCCACGGCUCCCUGCCCCAAGCCAACCACAUGAGGAUGUUCCACCACCACUCCCAUCCACCCCUGCACCAACCUCACCAGCCAUGCCUGCUUCCCCAGCAUUGACUUCAUCACCUGCACUUCCAGCUUCUCCCAGCUUCACUAAAACCAAAAGCGGUCUUAACUCUGCAUUUGGCUCUCAACAGUCAAUUGGAAGUGGGGGAGCAGAUGCAGAUAAGGUAGAGGAAGAUAAAGACAAGACCAAAGAAAAAAAUAAUUUGAAAUCAAAAUUCAAAAAUUUCCGCAUGGGCAAAGAUUCAAAGUCACCUGCCCCAGAGCCUCCAAUUGUGUUAAACUCUCCAGCGAUUGACACUCGUGGGGAAAGGAUCAUUGUGGGUCGAGAAAAAGAGAAGAAUAAUCAAGGUUCCCCACAAUUGCAGUCUCGUUUAUCCUCUGAAGUUUUACGCAAAUUUGAAGGGAAAAGCAGGGAGGACUUGAUUGAAAUGGUCAUGAAAAUGGAAGGAAAACUUGAUGUUCAAAAGAAACGAGUGAAGGAUCUUGAAGACUACUUAGACGAUCUCUUACUCCGAGUAAUGGAAACCACUCCUCGGAUCCUUCAAAACCCGUUUAUUACUUGUAAGGCACAAGCGCGAUUUUCUUAAAUUACAAAAUGAGAUAAGCACUUACAUUUUGAAACAUUACCAUCAGUGUUUGCUCACUCAUGAUUUAAGUUAAAACAGUGAAUGCUUCAUUCUUGUAAACAUGUGGAAUGAACUUUUUACAAUCUUAAUGUCUUCAAGAGGUUUUUCAAAUAAACAUUCUGCUUGGUUAUGAGGAUGACAACAUCUUAAUUUAUUGAUAUUAAGAGAUUGGUAGGUACUAUUGUUAUUGUAUAGCAUGGUGAUUGUUUUGAUGAUAUAUAUUUUAUUGAAUGACUAAUACGUACUGUUUUUGUCUGUUGAUGAAAUGUUUUAUUAUGCGCAGACAGAUUCAUUUAGAUCAUAUUUUUAUACUGCACUUUACUUCUUAGCUUCAGCCUAUGCUAGUUGUUUGCCAUAUUUUUGAGGCCAAGUGUGCACCUGGUUGAAUUUUUGUAAAUAUUAGAUCUAUCUUUCUGCAAGAUUUCAAUUUUUAACUAGCUCUUGGUCAUCAUGAGAAGUAGUGAGUUUUUUUUAAAUCUAUAAAGUGACAAAUGGUACUAAGGCUGCUAUGGAAGUGUGUAUUUCCAAUGAGGCGUAAUGGUCUUGCCUCUUGACCCCUACUGUGAAUAAGAACUUCUUAUGAAUUUGUAUAUAGAUGGUAUAUGCGUACUAUGCCUGAAAAAGCCGAGAAGAAUUUUAUGAUACAAGUAAUUCUACAUCACAAAUGUAAUUUGAAAGUAUAAUGAUUUUAUGUUAUGUGCAAAUGGUUUCCCUUGAUUUUGAUUUUGCCCUGGUAAAUGGAGGAUGACUAAUAGAUGCCAUUAUAUGAUAUAGUCACUUAUUAUAUUAAAUCAUAUUUGUAGGCUUCUUGCACUUGCUACUUACUUUGCUAAAUCAUUUUGAACCAGCUUUUGAAAAUCAUGUUUUAUGUAAUGUUUCCCCAAUGUGAUUGUAUCAUGGACUUUAAUGAGAUUCAAUGUGAUUAUUGCUUUUUAAGUGAGAGCUGAAUAUCAGAAAUACGUCCUCAAAUUCUUCCCUAUUUUUUGGAAUACUUAAUAUUUACUGUGAUAAAGGCAAAUUUGAAGCAUAUUGUCAGCUUUUCUUUUGAUGACUGGCUCAGUGCUAAGAGCAGGUGUAUGUGACAUGAGUCAUGGCAUUCUAAACUGACAUAAGCCCUUUCAUGCAUUCUUUACGCCAUAUUAACAAAUUUUAUGUUAUUAAUUACUGUGUAUGGACCUGUGAUUUGCUCUUAUUAGACUUAAAAGUUCAUAUGAGGCUUAAAGGCAUCUUUGCUGUUUUAUUGGUACCUAUAUUAUUAAUCUGGAUGUGAUGGUUAUAUAGGGCCGAGCCGUCAAAAAUGCAACUGUGCAAGGGCAAUAUAUUGUAAUUACAAAUAUUUUAAUCUAAGAGUAAAUAAUAAUAUAGCUGUGUUAUAUGUGGGGAGAAAGCAUUAAUUCCAGACUGAUUUGUGGAUAUUGGAUGUGUGUUUAUGUUUUACAUCCUAAAUUCCGUCCAAAGCAAAAUAUUCUUAAGAAAAAUGGAGCUGGUGAACCUCCUGUCAUUUCUUUACAAGUAGUCUAAACGACACCUGUCUCACUAGUAAUUGCCAUAUAGAGCAGCUAUGAUUUUGUAUGAGGGAAGAGAAGCAUGUACACUAGUUGUGAACAGCCUUGAUUUCGUGUGUAAAUAUAAGUUGCCAAUGCUACAAGUUAGUCUUCCAUUCUUAGUAAAUUUAUGAUAAAAUUUGUACUGCAGGCUGCUUCGUCUUACCCCAAAUAAAACAUCCCAAAUCAUUAA